CGUGGCCUCGGCGGAGGGGGCGUGUCAGGGGGCGUGUCCCGCGGUGCCGGUUCCCGGAGCGCAGCGAUGGCGGCGGCGGAGCUGGAGCGGCUGCGGAUGGCGGGGGCCGGCAUGGCCAUCGCCGUGCUCACCAGCGGCGGCGACGCGCAAGGGAUGAACGCCGCCGUCCGCGCCGUCACCCGCAUGGGGAUAUAUGUGGGAGCCAAGGUGUUCCUCAUCUAUGAGGGCUACGAGGGGCUGGUGGAGGGGGGAGACAACAUCAAGCAAGCCAACUGGCUCAGUGUCUCCAACAUCAUCCAGCUGGGUGGGACGGUGAUCGGCAGUGCCCGCUGCAAAGCCUUCACCACGCGCGCCGGGCGGCUGCGUGCCGCCCGCAACCUGGUGGAACACGGCAUCACCAACCUGUGUGUCAUUGGCGGGGAUGGCAGCCUGACAGGCGCUGACAUUUUCCGCUCCGAGUGGGGGGGCCUGCUGGACGAGCUGCUCCGAGAGGGGCAGAUCAGCGAGGAGGUGGCGCGGCAGAACUCCCGCCUGAACAUUGUGGGGCUGGUGGGCUCCAUCGACAACGACUUCUGCGGCACCGACAUGACCAUCGGCACCGACUCGGCGCUGCACCGCAUCAUGGAGGUGAUCGACGCCAUCACCACCACGGCACAGAGCCACCAGCGGACCUUCGUGCUGGAGGUGAUGGGCCGCCACUGCGGGUACCUGGCGCUGGUGUCUGGCUUGGCCUCGGGCGCCGACUGGCUCUUCAUCCCUGAGUCCCCUCCAGAGGACGGCUGGGAGGACCUAAUGUGCGAGAGGCUCGGGGAGACGCGCAGCAGAGGGUCGCGCCUCAACAUCAUCAUCAUCGCCGAGGGCGCCAUCGACCGCAGUGGCAAACCCAUCUCCUCCAACUACGUGAAGGACCUGGUGGUGAAACGCUUGGGCUUCGACACGCGCGUCACCGUCCUGGGCCACGUGCAGCGCGGAGGGACCCCGUCAGCCUUUGACCGUGUGCUGAGCAGCAAGAUGGGGAUGGAGGCGGUGAUGGCGCUGCUGGAGGCCACCCCCGACACCCCCGCCUGCGUGGUCAGCCUCUCGGGGAACCAGUCGGUGCGGCUGCCGCUCAUGGAGUGCGUGCAGGUGACAAAGGAUGUGCAGAAGGCCAUGGAUGAGAAGAGGUUUGAGGAGGCCAUCCAGCUGCGUGGGAGGAGCUUUGAGAACAACUGGAACAUCUACAAGCUGCUGGCACACCAGAAGCCAGCACAGGAGAAGAGCCCCUUCAGCAUGGCCAUCCUGAAUGUGGGUGCCCCCGCCGCCGGCAUGAACGCUGCUGUCAGGUCGGCCGUGCGCAUCGGCAUCUGCCAGGGCCACACCAUCUACGUGGUGAGCGACGGCUUCGAGGGCUUGGCCAAGGGGCAGAUCCGUGAGGUUGGCUGGCACGACGUGGCGGGCUGGCUGGGACGCGGCGGGUCCAUGCUGGGCACCAAGCGGACACUGCCCAAGACCUGCAUGGAAAAGAUCGUGGAGAAUGUGCGGAAAUUCAACAUCCAGGGGCUGCUGGUCAUCGGGGGGUUCGAGGCGUACGAGGGGGUGCUGCAGCUGGUGGAGGCCCGCGGGCAGUACGAGGAGCUCUGCAUCAUCAUGUGCGUCAUCCCCGCCACCAUCAGCAACAACGUCCCUGGCACCGACUUCAGCCUGGGCUCAGACACGGCCGUCAACGCGGCCAUGGAGAGCUGUGACCGCAUCAAGCAGUCGGCCUCGGGCACCAAGCGCCGUGUCUUCAUCGUGGAGACAAUGGGCGGCUACUGCGGGUACCUGUCGACCGUCACCGGCAUCGCGGUGGGCGCUGACGCCGCCUACGUCUACGAGGAUCCCUUCACCAUCCAUGACCUGAAGGCCAACGUGGAGCAUCUGACAGACAAAAUGAAGACGGAUAUCCAGAGAGGGCUGGUGCUGCGCAAUGAGAAGUGCCACGAGCACUACACCACUGAGUUCCUCUACAAUCUCUACUCCUCCGAGGGCAAAGGCAUCUUCGACUGCAGGAUUAACGUCCUGGGCCACCUCCAGCAGGGGGGAGCCCCGACUCCCUUUGACCGCAACUACGGGACCAAGCUGGGGGUGAAGGCGGUGCUGUGGAUGUCGGAGAAGCUGCAGGAGGUUUAUCGCAAAGGCCGCGUGUUUGCCAACUCGGGUGACUCGGCCUGCGUGAUCGGGCUCAGGAAGAAGGUGGUGGCCUUCAGCCCCGUGACGGAGCUCAAGAAAGUCACCGAUUUUGAGCACAGGCUGCCCCAGGAGCAGUGGUGGCUGAACCUGCGGCUGAUGCUGAAGAUGCUCGCCAACUACCAGAUCAGCCUGACCGAGUACAUCUCGGGGACCAUGGAGCACGUCACCCGCCGCACCCUCAGCAUCGAGAAGGGCUUCUAGUCCCACCAGACUCAGCCGUAGCCCCCCCGUCUGCAUCCUCCCCGUCCCCACGUGCUGCUGGGGAGCACCAGGUCCCCCCCGUUCUCAGUAGCCCUUGUAGCUUUGCCACCGACCCCAAAAAUCAGGCAGAGCCUGGUCCUGGCGCCCAAACCAACCCAAUCCUGCCCCAAAUCACUGCUGCGGGGUCUGGUGUUGCCAGACCCUUAAUCAUCCCUUAAUAGUUUAUUCUUAUUAUUUAAUAAUGGGGUAUCUUGACCGCCUGAGCCAACUGCUGCUUCUAGUUGUGCGGGAGGAGCCGAGAGGAUGCGGUGCCGUCCCGGGGCGGGUUGGGGAUGUUCCGGGGGCUUUCAGCUCCCCUGGUAAAGCUCCGUCGUCCCGGGGCGUUUGCUUCUUGGGGUGUCCGGAGGGCUCAGCACAGCACACCGGUCCCCGGCCACCUUGCAUGCCGCGGGGCUGUGCCCAUCAUCUCACCGCCGCUCUGUGACCCCCCAUCCCGAAUCUCAUCCCAUUCGCAACGCCGCUCUCCUCCUCUAGAGAUAAAACCCGCUGGAGCCAAA